AAAAAAUGGGCGGGAAAGCGGGAAUUGAGAACCCUAUUGUGGACCCUCAAUGCACGCACAGGUGAAAUUCAUUUUGAUGUGGAUGGUUUUACGCCAAGAUCCGUUUUGAAGCAGAAGCAAAUUGAAACUUAAAAUUAGUUUAUAUUGAAUGCUCUCAAUCAAUUAGAUUUUAACUUUUGAUCCUGUUAAUUUUUAAAGGUUAAGGGUGCAGUAUUGUUGUGCGAGUGAUAAAUACCUCAGAGGUGACAAGAUGGAUGCAGUCUUGGAAGGCUGGAAGUCUGGAGCUGCUGCCGUGCAAUCAGUUUUCAGAAAAUGCGAUUAUGAUUGGAGAAUAAUGUGUGACUACCUUCGUCAUUGUGGAGUCGAAGAGGCUGAUCUUUUAAUGUUACAAAAAGGAAAUGCAUACAUUGCACGACUUCCGGGCUCGCCAUCAGGCUUGGUUGCGUGGCAGAUGGAUUUCACUGACUGUGAUUUAGUGAUUGACACCAUCACCAUAGCAACUCACAUUGUUACAACCGAGAGUGGACGGGUGGAAUGGACACUAGAAGGAGAUGACGAAAUUGUAAAGAAUCUGGCUUUUAGAGAGGGGAAAGAAUCGUUAACAACCUCGUUUCUCACUGGUUCCAAGUCUUUCAAACUCACAGCUUCGCUCACUGGUGGAAAUGGAGAUACUGCUUGGCAACACGCUCAGUUGUUCAGCCAACCUAUUGACAACAAGGACGAAAUGUCUUUAGACAUCACUGUCACACUAAGAGAUGCAAUGUUAUAAUUAAUAUUACUAUCACACUGAGAGAGUCCGUGUUAUGAAUAAUACAAAACAAUUUUUUGUGCACAGUUAGAAAGGGGAAACUGGUGGUGUUUACGAAAUAGAUGUUGCAACAAGGAGAACAAAUUUGUGAGAUCUUGUAAAGGAUAUUUAAGGAAAAUUUUUAUCAGUAUAAUAUUUUAACCUAAAAUGAAAAUGAUAAUAUUAAGCUGGAGAUAGUUAUGCGCUUGAGGCCACAAUUUAUGUUACUUUGAAAUAAAAAAGACGGGGUAUGUAUUGAGCUAAUUAACAUAAUUAUAUUGUGCGGGUUCAGAAAAUAUCCAUACCCACACUAAGGAUGGUCAUAAGAAAUUCCGAGGGGGUGGGGGGUCUUAAUAACCAAAUUUUAAAGGGCAAGUAUGAAGCUUAGCUGAAAAUUCAAGGGGGAUGGGGGAGCGUACAAACCAAAUAACCAUCCUUGGUGGAGAUAUGGAUAAUUUCUGGGUCAACACAUGAACGAAAGUUGAGAAGUUUUUGCUCGUUGCUGUGAACUUCCGUUCGCACCGUUUUUGCCCGUUUGACUUUCUUCCGACUCCACUAUCAGCCCCUGAGUAUCUGAGGAUGACAUUUCAUGAACCUUUUCAAAUGGAUUCCUGCUCAUUACCCCCCAGGAUCCUGGAUAAGAGUGAAACUCAAGAUAUAAAUGGAUAGUCAUUUUAGAUUGGAAGAGUUGAUAGUUCAAUUACAGCAAUAGUUUAUUUAGAAACUUAAUUUAAUGAAAAGAGCUUUGUCGUAAGGGACGUACAGUUGUAUUUAAAAUAUAAGCGGGGAGAAAGAACAGAUGGUAAUAAAUUACAGUGGUGCUAAGCCAUAAAUAAAUUGUCCACAUUUUUUCUUUUGCGUCUACAAAAGUUUACGCCUACAAAUAAAACACGACUUAGACUGAAA